AUGAAAAAACAAGUUGUUGCCACCUUGAGCGAAUUGCCGGACCGGGAUCCGCAAUAUGCACUGGUCGCCGAUGUUGAUCUCGUGAUUGUCCGGUUCGACGACGAGAUCUCCGUCUUCUACGGCCGGUGUCUGCACCGCGGCGCGCUGAUGUCCGAUGGCUAUGUGCAGGGAGACAAUCUGAUCUGCGGCGUUCACUAUUGGGACUACAAGGUCGACAGCGGGGUCUCGGAAUACAACAAUUCCGAAGCGCUUCCAAAGUUCCAGAGCUGGGUUGAAGGCGAUGAAGUUCUUGUCGACGAAGACGAGAUUGCCGCCUGGGCACAACAGAACCCGCAGCCGUUCCAGCGCGAUCAGUACCUCGGCCUUUAUGCCGAUACCAGUCAUGGCACGGAAGAAGAACCGUAUAACGGCCUGAUCCAGCAAUACGCGCGCGAUGGACUGACCAAGACCGGCCAUCACGGCCGGGUUGACGCCAUGGGUGUGCCACGCAACCAGUUGCCCGACUGGGACGACAUUCAGAUCCUGACGGCCCAGCUGCAGCGUUUUCCCCUCCUGGACGAGGACCCGGUCGGCACCGAUGUCGUGAUCGGACCGAAUGCGCAAAAGCCCCUUCGUCUGAAGAUCCCUCUUUUUGUAUCGGACAUGAGCUACGGCGCCCUGUCCGAGCCUGCCAAGGUCGCGCUCGCCCGUGGAGCGGAACUUGCGGGGACCGGCAUCUGUUCAGGUGAAGGCGGCAUGUUGCCUGAAGAACAGGAAGCCAAUUCCCGUUACUUCUACGAGCUGGCAUCCGCGCGCUUUGGCUUUGACUGGGCCAAGCUCGACAAUGUUCAGGCAUUCCACUUCAAGGGUGGUCAGGGCGCCAAGACGGGAACCGGCGGUCAUCUGCCGGGCGCAAAGGUCAAGGGCAAGAUCGCCGAGGUGCGUGGAUUGAAGGAAGGUACAGACGCGAUCUCGCCGCCACGUUUUCCGGACUGGACGGAAAAUGCGCAGAUCAGGGAAUUCGCUGAUGAAGUGCGCACCCGAACAGGAGGUAUUCCAAUCGGCUACAAGCUAUCCGCCCAGCAUAUCGAAAAGGAUAUCGAUGCGGCACUGGAGGUCGGCGUCGACUACAUUAUUCUGGAUGGGCGCGGCGGUGGCACGGGCGCAGCACCGAUCAUCUUCCGGGACAACAUCUCCGUCCCCACCAUCCCGGCACUUGCCCGCGCCCGACGUCACCUCGACAAACUCGGUCGAAAUGACAUCAGCCUGGUGAUAACCGGUGGUCUGCGAAAGCCGGCUGACUUUGUAAAGGCUCUUGCACUGGGAGCAGACGCAAUUGCCAUUUCGAAUUCGGCCAUGCAGGCCAUCGGCUGCAUCGCCAUGCGUGCCUGUCACACCAACAACUGCCCGGUGGGUAUCGCCACCCAGAAACCACAUCUGGUCAGCCGUCUGCAGAUCGAAAAAUCGGCACGCCAGCUUACCAACUUCUUCGAAGCCUCGGUUGAAUUGAUGCAGGUGAUGGCCAGGGCCUGCGGCUAUUCGCAUCUGAACGAGUUCUGUCCGGAUGAUCUGACAACCUGGAAGCGCGAAAUGUCGGACUUGUCCGGCGUUGCCUAUGGCGGCAUUGCCUGA